CAGAGUGAGGAGGAGCGGACGGUUCGGGAGGAGAUUGUGAGCACAGGGUAGGAAUGGAAACCGCGGCUGGAGUGCGAACUGGAGCAACUUCUGGGGCAGGCCCCAGGCCCCGUGUUUACCCCGCGGCGACAGGCCCGGGGAUAGGGAGCGAUGGAGCCGGUGGCCGGACGGGGAAGUGAUGGGGAAGGUCUUGUGGCGCACUGUGUACUGUCCCUGCCACUGAGCUGAAGCACCGGUUUCCACUUCAGGACUUGAUGGCCACGGACAUGCGUUCAUACAGUGGAUUCCAAACAGGGUUUCAUCUGUUUAAAGCCACAAACAGAAAGGUUCAGUUUUCUUCUGGAGUUGGAGACAACUCAGCUUUCAAUAUGAUGCAGAGUUUCAGCCAAUGAGGGGGAUCCGGUCUCAGCCCCGCCCCUCAUUUACUCCGAUUGGUUGAAGGCCGAGCCGCUCCUUCUCCCUAUUGGUCCGGAGCUGCCGUCAAUCACUUCCCGAACAUUGUGAUCUGGAGCAAAAACAGAAUCACCUGGAAAAACUCAGCAGGCCUGGCAGCAUCGGCAGAGAAGAAAAGAGUCGACGUUUCGAGUCCUCAUGACCCUUUGACAGAACUUGAGUGAGUGAUGCAUGCGCAGUGCGGGUAAUGGCGAUGGAAAGAUGCUUGUUUGUCUCAGCUUCAGGCGGAUAUUAGGAGAUGAUUCGAAGAUGGGAAAUUCAAACCAAACAUCUCAUCAGGAUCUGACAGAGUCACUUGAUUCAUCAGGAACAUGGAAGGAGAAAUGUUUGUUCUGACUUUGGGAAAAAAUUUCAAGCAUCAGUGUGGCUGGAAAAGCAUUGAGGCACACACACCUGAGUGAGAGUGUUCCAGUUAACUGACUGUGGAAAGAGCUUUACCAAGUUACACAGCCUGAAAUAACAUCACACCAUUCACAGUGUGGAGAAACCGUACACGUGUUCCGUGUUUGAACGAGGCUUCAACUGAUUGUCCAACCUGAAAAGACUUAAGGACACAGACACCAUGGAGAAACCAUGGAAAUGUGGUGACUGCGGGAAGGGAUUCAAUUACCCAUCCCAGCUGGAGAUUCAUCGACGCAGUCACACCGGGGAGAGGCCGUUCUCCUGCUCGGUGUGUGGGGAGGGAUUCACAUUAUCAUCCAGCUUACAUAUACACCAGAGAACUCACAGUGGGGAGAAGCCGUUAACCUGCUCCAUGUGUGGGAAGAGAUUCAAUUUUCUGUCCCAGCUGCUGAGACACCAGCUAGUUCACAUUGAUGAGAGGCUGUUUAACUGCUCUGAUUGUGAGAAGAGCUUUAAAAGAUGAGAGGACCUGGUCAAGCACCAGUUUGUUCACACUGAAAGACGGUUCAGUUGCUCUCACUGUGGGAAAGUGUUUAGACAAUCACUGAACCUCAUAAAACACCAACAAGUUCACACUGAGGAGAGGGCACUCACCUGCUCCGUGUGUGGGAAGGGAUUCACUCGACUAUCUCACCUCAGCUCACAUCAACUUGUUCACACUGAUAACAGAUCUUUCCUAUGUUCUGAAUGUGAGAAGACCUUUAAAACUGCAGGUGAUUUUCUGAGACACCAGUGAAUUCACACUGAGGAGAGGCUGUUCCCCUGCUCUGUGUGUGCAAAGGGAUUUAUUUGUUUGACCAACCUCAAGUUGCACCAGCGAGUUCACUCUGAUCGGAAACCUUUCCAAUGUUCUGACUGUGAGAAGAGCUUUAAAACUACAAGGGAUCUGCUGAUGCACCAGCGCAUUCACACAGGGGAGAGGCCAUUCACCUGUUCUGUAUGUGGGAAGGGAUUCAUCCAUUCAUCCCACCUACUGACACAUCAGCAGGUUCACACUGGGGAGAGGCCAUUCACCUGCUCCGUGUGUGGGAAGGGAUUCAUUCGUCUAGCUCACCUCAAUUCACAUCAACUUGUUCACACUGAUAACAGACCUUUCAAAUGUUCUGAAUGUGAGAAGACUUUUAAAACCACAGGUAUUCUGCUGAGACACCAGCGAGUUCACACUGAGGAGAGGCCAUUCACCCGCUCUGUGUGUGGGAAAGGAUUCACUCAUUCAACUCACUUAAUGAGACACCAGCGAGUUCACAAUUGAAUGGAGGGGUUGUAUUCUGCUGUUAUUGUUGCUGUUAAGCACCUCCAGGACUAAACCAGAUUCAUUCUGACAUUUGGGCUGAUGUUAAUAAUGUUUCAGAGGGGACUCCUUAAGAAGGACUAUCUCCUGCAUGCAUUCCUCUCAAGAAUCAAUACCCACCACCAGAAAUAGUGUUAUAGUGAAUAGUGUUAUAUAGUAUCUGUAUGACACAUCUUACGUCCUUACCAAUGUUGGUAAUAAAAUCUGAAUAGUUGGGUGGACGCAGAUGGGAAAGGGAUUAUGAAAAAGGAUAUUGAAGAAAAGAACGAGGUAAACUAGAAGGGAGAAAUAACAAUGGGGUUGGCUGAAUACUGUGGAAAUAAAACUGGGAAACAAGAAAAACUGGUUAAGAUUGGUGGAGUAAAUCUGUCUGGGAGACAAUCAGCAUCAAGACAUCUGAUUCAAUAGAUGUGUGUCGUAACAAAUAAGAAAAAAUAGCAAUUCCCAUUCGCAGAUCUACCAAGGUAUAGAUCAAACUGAGCCAGAGGAUCUGCUAUCAUAACUGUAGAGAUUUUAUAAUAUUACAUUACAAUGUGAUGAACCAUUUAACAGAGCCACUGAUCGAUGUUGGUAAAAUGUCUGCAAUGGCUCAGUGCACAGUGAAAAUGAUGAAGGGAACAUCGUCAUUUGGUAAGAGGUGGAACAAGACCCACACUCUUUGCCAGCGAAGUGGGGCUAAAGCAUUUCACCUGCAGAAAUCGACCUGCGGCAAAUGUGCCUGCCCUGCCAAGAGAAAGAAGAAGUAUAACUGGAGUGCUGAGGCCAAAAGGAGAAACACAACUGGUACAGGCCGCAUGAGGCACCUGAAAGUGGUGUAUCACCGAUUCAGGAAUGGAUUCCGCAAAGGGACAAUCUGGAAGCCCAGAUGUUCCACAAUGGCUUCUUCCAACACUGCAUAAACUAUCAGUGUAUCUACAAUACAAAUAAAGCAAUGUUUCGGAAAGUUAAAAAAAAAAUGUCUGCAUUCCCAUUUUUAUUGUAUGGAAAUUAUAACAGUGUGUUUGGAAACAAUU